UCCUGUUUUGAAGGCGGAGCCGUGGUGCUAUUUGAAUCACCGCUUUUCCAUCUUAAAAACCCUUUCUUUCCAAAAGCCCAAACCCUUCUUGGCGGCUGACCUGACCCUCACCUUUUUUCUCUCUUAGGGUUUCUCUCUCUCUCUCCCCUCCAAUAUCCCCUAAUCUUCGUUCUCGUUUCUAGGGUUUUCUUACAUCCUUCUUUUAUCCACCAUUGCUCGUCUCCACGCAUAAUCAGAUCAUGGCAGCGGUAGCUCCUCCUGCGGACCAAGCUGCAGAUUUACUGCAGAAGUUGUCAAUAGAUUCUCAGACCAAUAAUAUUGAAGUUCCUGAGGCCACCAAAAAGCCUUCUACUAUUCAGUAUGGGUCUGUUGAAGCUGCUGAAGCACACAAUGGUCCUGUCCAGUCAUUUGAACGAUCUACAACUCCUUUACUUCAAGAUUUUAUGGAUCCAUCAAUGUGCUAUCUUCCUAAUGGCUAUGCAUCUACUGCCUAUUAUUAUGGAGGUUACGAUGGGCACAUUAAUGAGUGGGACGAUUACCCUAGAUACGUAAAUCCUGAUGGAGUAGAGAUGCCAACUGGAGUUUAUGGGGAUAAUGGUUCUCUUAUGUAUCACCAUGGUUAUGGAUAUGCACCUUAUGGUGCAUACUCUCCAGCAGGUUCUCCAGUUCCCACCAUGGGGCAUGAUGGUCAGCUGUAUGGGCCUCAACAUUAUCAGUAUCCUAGUCCUUAUUACCAGCCACCGACUCCUCCCCCUGUUGGCCCAUAUCCCUCUAACCAGAUGUCUUCCCAGGUGGAGGUUUCCACCUCCGUAGCUGCAGAGCAGGCACCUCUGACUGUAGAAACAACCAAGGGAAAUGCUAAUGGUGUUGCAAAUGGAAAUUCCAAUGCUAAUAAUGGCUCAGCACCAUUGAAACCAACAAACCAUAACUCAACUUUGAAUUCAAACAAUACUUAUUGUAGAGGAGUUUUAUCUGGAGGCAUCCCAACAUCUGGCUACCAGGACCUAAGAUUUGGUUAUGAUGGGAUGCGGUCUCCAGUACCCUGGAUAGAUAGCCCGGUUUUUUCUGAUGGGCAGCCAAAACCCGAUGAUGUUCACAAGAGCAUCAAGUAUAAUGUGUGGGCCAGCACACCUAAUGGGAACAAGAAGCUGGAUGUUGCAUACCAGGAGGCACAGGAGAAGCCUGAUGGUUGCCCUGUAUUCCUAUUCUUCUCUGUGAACACUAGUGGGCAAUUUAUUGGGCUUGCUGAGAUGGUUGGCCCAGUUGAUUUUAACAAGAAUGUAGAGUACUGGCAACAAGACAAAUGGAAUGGUUCCUUCUCGGUCAAGUGGCAUAUUGUAAAGGAUGUGCCCAACAGUUUGUUGAAGCACAUUACCCUUGAAAAUAAUGAGAACAAGCCCGUCACUAAUAGUAGGGACACUCAAGAGGUAAAGAUGGAUCAGGGGCUUCAAAUGCUUAAAAUAUUCAAGGAGCAUUCCAGCAAGACGUGCAUUCUUGACGACUUUGGGUUUUAUGAGGCUCGGCAAAAGACAAUGCAAGAGAAAAGGGUCAAGCAACUGCAGUUGCAGAAGCAGGUAUGGAAUGGUAAGCCUGCUGAUGUUGCUGUUACUGAUGAUAAGGAAAAGGACGGUACAAAUGGAAAACUGAGAUUGCAGAAAUCUGUAGAGGUUGCUUCCGUUUUGCUUAAGGAGUCUUCUACCGUUCAGUCUAAUGGAGAGUGGAAAAGAUCCGAAGAAAAUGCAACAGUUACUGCAGCUAGGGAUGCCCCAAAGGGUGCUAAACCAGUUGUAGGCACAGAAAAGAGGGUUGUGUCCAACGGGGUUGCAAAUGGUUGCUAGAUCUUCCCUUAUCAAGAGUGGGUCUAUGGUUAUUGGAAUUGCUAAAGAGUUCGGUCAGAAGUUUUGCCGGAUUAUUUUAGAAAGUGAACAAAUGCUGGCCAACUCCAAGUGGACCUGGCUUACUAAUGAGGCAAUAAAAUGUUGACAGUGAGGGUAGACAGCCCUUCUAUUGUCGUUUAAAAAAUAUGGUGAGUCAGGAUCAACUUAUUUACAUGAUCCUCAAUAUUUGAGUCAUCCCUUUUAUGAACUUUCCCUUGCCUCUAGGAUAUUGUGGUGGGUCAGUUUUCUCUUCUUUAUGAGUAGAUCCUAACUGCUUUUUACUAUAGGUUUUGGGUUUAGGGAUCUUCUUUUUGUGCUUUUAUUUCUUAAUGGUUUUCUUUGAUCUUUUUUCUUUUAGUUAUUUUACCCCUUGUAAAUCUACUCCGUUGCGGUUUUUUUAAUCUGUAAGAGGACCAGAAUCCGGGUGGAGAGUGUUUGCAAUAGAGGAAUUCAAGAGCUUGAAGAGUUUUUACAGUUAUGGAAUUGAGUAAGGAGACGACAUUGUGAUUGUAUAUCAUCCUUCUUUUGCGUGUAUAACCCAGAUUUAUUUGAUAAACACCUGUCAAUCAAGUUGUUUCUUCUCUGUC